GUCCGGAGCGGUGCUGUCGCGCUCGAGCGGGCGAGUGACGAAAGCCCUUGCAAGCUUGACCUGCACGAUUCACACCAGGUGACGCCAGAUGGUGAGCAGCGUCUCGCCGGAGCCAUUCAAGGAGGAGCUGGAGGCGAAGUCCUCGGGGCACCAGACGGCGCUCGGGGACAGCGACGCGUCGCCCUCGUCGCGAGCGCCCAUGGUCACCAGCGAGUCCAUGUCGGCGGUGCAGUUCGGAGGUCAGACGCAAGAUGGCGGCGGUGACAACGGUUUGUGUGGUCUGCUGCUGACAUUCAUAUCAUGGCUACUGGUCAUCGUCACUCUGCCAUUCUCUCUCUGCGUCUGCUUUCGGGUGGUGCAGGAGUACGAGAGGGCGGUCAUAUUCCGCCUCGGGCGCCUCGUCUCAGGCGGCGCCAAGGGUCCAGGCAUUUUCUUCAUCCUGCCAUGCAUUGAAAACUACACCAAGAUCGAUCUGCGCACAUCGGUGUUCGACGUACCUCCGCAGGAGGUGCUGACCAAGGACAGCGUCACUGUGUCCGUGGACGCCGUGGUCUUCUACCGGGUCAGCAACGCCACCAUCAGCGUGGCUAACGUGGAGAACGCCCACCAUUCGACCCGGCUCCUGUCCCAGACCACCUUGCGCAACAUGCUCGGCACCAAGAACCUGAAUGAGAUCCUCAGCGACAGGGAUGGAAUAUCAGCGACGAUGCAAAACUCCCUAGACAGCGCCACAGACAGCUGGGGCAUCAAGGUGGAGCGCGUCGAAGUGAAGGACGUGCGCCUGCCGGUGCAGCUGCAGCGCGCCAUGGCCGCUGAGGCCGAGGCGACCCGCGAGGCGCGCGCCAAGAUCAUCGCCGCCGAGGGCGAGAGCAAGUCAUCGCGUGCCCUCAAGGAGGCGGCCGACGUCAUGAAGGACUCGCCUUCAGCGCUGCAGCUGCGGUACCUGCAGACUCUGAACUCGAUAUCGGCUGAGAAGAACUCGACCAUCAUCUUCCCGCUGCCGAUCGACUUCAUGUCGCAAUUCGUCAAUAAAUAGGACCGGGCGGCGCGGCGGCCGCGGCCGAGGCCGGUCGACCGCCGCAGCUUGGUCGCU